AAUUUCAGCUAUAUUUGGUUAUGCCUUGAAUUGUAAAAUGGUUCAAGAAUCCCAAUCAGGAUCAUCUGGAGAUGCCAAGUUUCCAGCAGGAAAUGUCCCCUGGAUAGAGAAGUAUAGGCCAGAAGAUUUCCUGGAUAUUGUUGGCAAUGAAGACACUGUGGCACGCUUGGAGGUGUUCUCUAGAAAUGGAAAUGUUCCAAACAUUAUACUGGCUGGUCCGCCCGGCGUCGGCAAGACCACCACGAUCCUGGCGCUGGCGCGGCACAUGCUUGGACCGGCGUUCCGCUCCGCUGUGCUGGAGCUGAACGCCUCCAAUGAGCGCGGCAUCGACGUCGUGCGCAACAAGAUCAAGUCGUUUGCGCAGACGCAGGUGACGCUGCCGCCCGGCCGACACAAGAUCGUCAUUUUAGACGAGGCGGACAGUAUGACGGACGGCGCUCAGCAGGCGCUGCGCCGCAUCAUGGAGCUGUACAGCAACACCACCCGCUUCGCGCUGGCCUGCAACACUAGCGAGAAGAUAAUCGAACCGAUCCAGUCGCGCUGCGCCAUGCUGCGCUUCAGUCGGCUCACGGACGCGCAGAUCGUCAACAAGCUGCUGCGCGUCUGUGAACUGGAGCAGGUCAGCUACACAGACGACGGCCUGGAAGCCAUCGUGUUCACGGCGGAGGGCGACAUGCGCCAGGCGCUCAACAACCUGCAGUCCACGUUCCGCGGCUUCGGGCACGUCAACAGCGAGAACGUCUUCAAGGUGUGUGAUGAGCCGCAUCCCAUGCUGAUCAAGGACAUGCUGUCUCACUGCGCCAAAGCAGAUAUAGACGAAGCGUACAAGAUCAUGAGUCACCUUUGGCGGCUGGGCUAUGCGGCAGAGGACAUCAUCACCAACGUAUUCCGCAUUGCCAAACAGCACGAGCUACCCGAGUACCUCAAACUGGAGUUUAUCAAGGAGAUCGGUUACACCCACAUGCGCGUGGCGCAGGGCGAGACGACCCUGGUGCAGAUGUCUGCCCUGCUGGCCCGACUCUGUCGAGUGGCCCAGCGACCGACCAACUGAGCUGGUCAGUUCCGACCCAACUGAGCUGGUCAGUUCCGACCCAACGGAGUUCAGUUCCAACCCAACGGAGGCCGCCAUUCUGAGUGCAUAGUGGAGUGGAGAGUCGCCAGCCGUGGUAACUUUGCCUGCCCGUGACGCGCCGCCCGUGGCGGACUGUGUGGCGUACACGUCGCCGCUGUUGUGAUUCAGUGCCGAGCGGAACCGGAUUUUGGCUGUUGAACGCGCUUUGGUGCGGUGGUUCCGAUUACGUAAUGUGUCGACACCUUGAGGCACGGUGUCCAUCGAAAGCUCGCGAGUCUGCGGAACGACGGGCUGUGCAGUGACCAUGAUGCAUGCAGCGGAGUUCUGAACGGCGGCCCCUAGGAGCUGCCCGGGGGUGUCAUUAAUUUUCAUCUGUGGCUCAGUCAUCCUGUGCGUGCUGCAUUAUGCAUCGUUUUGUACGUUAGUUAUACAUAUGCAAUGAAUA